UCCGCGCUGCUGCCCGGCGUAGGCGCGGUGCGGAGCCGCAGCUGCUUGCCCGCCUUCACCCAUGGCCGACAUGGAGCUCUUCGGUGCCCAGCAGACGCAGCCGCCGACCGCCGGGAACGGGAUGCCCGACGGUGGCGAGGAGGAUCCCGCUGCCGCUUUCCUGGCGCAGCAGGAGAACGAGAUCGCGGGCAUCGAGAACGACGAGGGCUACGGCAUCCUGGCGAACGGCGAGGUGCCCGAGGCGCUGCAGGGUCCCGAGGGCCUCGGCGCGGAUGCCGUUGAUGGAGUGAUUAACGGGGAUGUCUAUAAGGAGAGUAAUGGUCCCACAGACUGCUAUGCUGCCAUCUCCCAAGUAGAUCGACUGCAGUCAGAACCAGAAAGUAUUCGUAAGUGGAGAGAGGAGCAAAAGGAGCGUCUGGAGCAACUUGAUGCAAACUCACGAAAGCAGGAAGCAGAAUGGAAAGAGAAAGCAAUAAAAGAGUUGGAAGAGUGGUAUGCAAGGCAAGAUGAAAAGCUUGAGAAAACAAAAGCCAGUAACAGGGCAGCUGAAGAAGCCUUUGUGAAUGAUGCGGAAGAUUUUCCUGGCACUGAGUGGGAACGUGUGGCUCAGCUCUGUGACUUUAAUCCCAAGUCUAGUAAGCAGGCAAAAGAUGUGUCCCGCAUGCGUUCAGUCCUCAUCUCACUCAAGCAGGCUCCACUGGUUCGCUGAAGCAAAGCUCGAUGGAGACACUACAAAUGCAAUAUCUUAACCUUACCCAGAGAAGCUAUGUUUGCAGUAAUUUGAUUAAUUGUUUCAAUGUGUAUUUUUGGACCACAUCAUGAUGUAUCUAGAGCUGAUCAUCAUUUGAUUGCAUGUUCUUCCUGAUGUUUCCUUUCUGUGUCUGAAAUGGGAGAACCUCCAAAACUGUAGUCUCUGUGCUGUUGUGCACCGAGGUGUCACUUCCUACAUUACUGAUAUUAAAGAUCUUUUAAACAGCAAAAUGUGUUGACUUUGGAUGAAUUGAGAAGGUCUCCUGCUUCUUUUUGACAGAGUGUGUUUGAAUUAAGUGUGAGUAAACAUUUCUCUUGAUUGCUGGUGAUUUCACCUUGCUGGUGAAUGUCCAGCCAGCAGUGCAAGGCUGUCCUCCUUGUUUCUUUAAUCUUUCUUAAAGCUCUUGAGAGCUUUAGUUUAAAAAUUUCUCCACUAUCCAAUUUGUCACACUAGACAGCAGCUCAAGAAAACUAAAACAGCAGGCUUGUUAAGGGGCUUAUCUUGCUUCCAGUGGGACUGAGGACACUGCCUACUGCAGGUAAGUAGUUGUGUAUAAUUUUCUGCUGUCACUCUGGCUGUCUGAGGCUCAACACAAAGGAGAGGGCACUGCAGUUAAGGCCUUUGGUAUUCUACUGCUUAUUGUGUUCCGCGAGGUUUUCAAUGCAGUCUUCAUAUGCAAAGAUCUGUGGUGCAGAGGCUGUUUGGAUGUUUUUGAACUGCGUGCUUGUCCUCACUGACCUUUGCAGACACUUCCUCCCACUAGGGUGGUGCACUGGAGAGUUGGAGAGUAAGAGGAGGGAAGACUUCCUCUUACUGCUGCUCAUCUCUAGGUUGGAGCUCUGUCUGCCGAGGUGGUUGAAUCAGAAACAAAGCAAUCUAGAAAAUCUGUGUUCUGCUUCCUUUGCUCACCGAGCAGUCACAGGGGCUGUAUUCUAGCCUUGCUCUGUUAAGCCUUACCUUAGCUGUCUGUCUUCUAAAACUAAUCUGUUCAAUCUCCUAUGUUAUUCCACCAUGUUUAUCAAAGACACAGUAUUUUAACUACUGUGUAGUGUAAUUGCUUUAAUACCUUUUAUGUACAAGCUGGAAGGUUAGUCCAGGUAGUUUGAAAAGAGUUGCAGAUACAGAUUAUGGUGGACCAAAGCUCAAAAUGUUACUGCACAGCAGCUGGGUCCCUUUGGUGGGUAAGGUAGUCAAUAAAUGGUUUCCAGUUGGGCUGCAGUAGUUAAGCUGUACCUUACUGUUGUCUGUAAUGGCUGGACCUACUCUCAUGUUUGCAAGUGUAUUCACACACUACUGAUGGGUGGUGAUGAGAAUGAUUGUAGACUACAAGUCAGAAAGCUUGAUUCCAUGGAAGAUUAGGGCAGGAAAGUAUCUUCUGAACUGCACAAGGGCAUGGCAGGUGAGUCCCAACAGGACUGAAGCACAGAGCAAGUCCAUAGAACACUGAUAAUCAUUCCUAGCCUUGCCUAGUUACGUAUUCACCUUGACUGAAAAUUUCCUUUUUGCUGCACACUCAAAAGCUCUGAAAACAAAGAUGUUCAAAAUGACCUGAUAAUAAAGAAAAGUCCACUACAUUAAAUACAGAGUCUUUAAAGUGUUAAUAUGAAUUAAAGAGAAUUUGAAAGAUCAACAGGUUAGAGGGGUUCCUGCACACUGAAUGAAUGAUGGUAUGUAUUGACCAGUACAUUUUCCUAUCUUACAGAAUAUUUUAUCUGGCUAUGAGUGUGGCUUAGAGCUGCAAUCCAAGAAAAUGGGCAAAGACUCGAAUUCAAGCCCAAAGCAGUAUUACAGAAGUUAAAG